GCGUCACAACUUUUACUCUCUCCGGAGUCUAGACUCCCGUCACUUCCGUACUGUCCACUCCAAAAUUCAGCUGUUAGGGUUCUCCGGUUGGAUUCAAAUUCCACAAGAGUGGAGAUCAUGGAACUCGAAGGAUUGACUUCGCAACUAACUGGCGCUCCCGCAGUUAACAUGCACAACGAGGAAACAAUAACUAAGGAUGGAGAGAGUUCUGCCAGCAUACCGGUGUCUACAUCCAAUUCCCUGAAAUCCAAUAACAAUAACAGUUCCGUUUCAAAUUUCUCAAGCCAUGAUGAUGGUAAUGAUAUGGAUGAUUACAUGUGUGGUGAUGAUGAUGAGGUUUCUAAUGGUGAAGAGUCUGAAGACAAUGAUGGUUAUAUGUUUGACGAGGAUGAUGUGAAUGAUGAUUACGAUUAUCUCAGCAUGCAAGCACAGUUUGACAAUGCUGAUUUUCCUGCUGGAGUAGAGGCAUCUGUCCCUUGGCUGAAUGAACCUACUCCUCCUACCUCGACUGCUACAGCUUCAACUAGUCAUUUUGUAGGUGGAGGGACCGAUGAGAAUAUUGUAUCGUUACCUGUUGGCAUAAGAACAGAAUGUUCUUCAUCAACUGCUUCAAGCAGUUCUGCUGGACAGAGUUCCAUUCGGAAGUGCAUUGAGGAAACUAGUGAUAGUAAUGACGAAGCCUUAAGAAAAUAUCAAAACUUUAAACGUUUUGACAUCGUUGGUGAUUGUUCUGACCACCACUACAACAAUAUGGGAUUACAAGGGUUGCAGCCAUCUAAGACCUGGUCAAAGAAAAUUCAGGGUGAAUGGAAGAUUUUGGAGAAUGAUUUACCUGACACCAUAUAUGUAAGAGUCUAUGAAACAAGGAUGGAUCUUCUUAGGGCAGUCAUUGUAGGACCACAAGGAACUCCAUAUCAUGAUGGCCUUUUUGUCUUCGAUGCCUUCUUCCCUCCCACAUACCCUGAUACUCCACCGAUGGUUUACUAUUAUUCUGGUGGAUUGAGAUUGAAUCCCAAUCUGUACGACUGCGGAAAAGUCUGCCUUAGCCUUCUAAACACUUGGACUGGUAAAGGUGAUGAGAAGUGGCUUCCAAUGAAAUCAACCAUGCUCCAAGUUUUAGUAUCCAUACAAGCUUUAAUUCUAAAUGCAAAGCCAUUCUUUAAUGAGCCUGGAUAUGAAACUUCGUAUGUUGGUGCCGACGGGGAGAAAAGGUCCAAUGCUUACAAUGAAGACGUGUUUAUCCUCUCCUUGAAAACAAUGAUGUAUACCCUUCGAAGGCCUCCAAGGCACUUUGAAGACCUUGUUGCUGGUCACUUCCAGAUCUAUGCACAUGAUAUCCUGUCAGCAUGUAAAGCCUACAUGGAGGGUGUCAUGGUUGGUUCUGUGAUUAAGGGAAAAAUAAAGGGAGAUAAUGUCAAUGCACCUGGACGUGAUGGUGAUUUCAAGCGCGCAAUCUUCAGAAUGAUGAAUGGUCUUGUCUCGAAUUUCACCAAACAUGGUGCAAAGGACUGUGAGAAGUUCAGAAUUACCAGCUGAUUCUGAGCAGUUAUUUUACAUAGGAGGAGACACCCAUUUAGGCAUUUUAGACAACCAUUUGUAAAGCUCUACUUUUGCCAGUAGUUUAUAUACGCAUUGUAGAUUAGGUCAGUGUUGGUGGUAUUGUAGGGAUGUGGAUGAUCUGCCUACUGCGUUACACAUUUACUACUAUUACUAUGAUGAUUAUAUUAGUAUUAUUAGUAUUUAAUAAUUAUAAUACUUGUUUUGUCUCAUUGUAUUCUGUCAACUUUUCUUUAAAACAUAAAUU